AUGUCGAGACAACAUGAACAACCACCAACACCGACUUUCUCUGAGAUUCGACAACGUCUUCAAUCUGGGGAAGAUUUCGAUCUAGCACAUCGUCUACAAGAACGAGAAUAUGAGAUGUACUACAAUCACAAUCGUAAUGUUAAUGGAACGAUAGUGAGUGAUAGAAAAAAGACGAGAGAAGAACAAAUGGCAGAGGACGAACAGGCGGCUUCAUUGAGGAGAAUGGGCUUGGCUGAAAGAUGUAUGACAGAUGAAGAAUAUGCCAGACAGCUUCAAGAAGAAAUGGAUCGUAUGGAUGCUGCAGAGCAAAUGGAUAAAGAUGUUCAAAUGAGAGAAGAUGCUAGACUAGCAUGGCUUCUUCAGCAAGAAUCCUCCGGAGCCUCUGUUUCCCAAGCAACCCCUAACCAAGACUUGAUUUCAUUUGAAGAACCGGUACGGAGUGGAGUUCGAUAUGUAACGGAAAUCCAAUAUAAUAACAUGGCUAAUCAGUUUCUCGGUUUAAUCAACAUGCUUGUUAUUGUUUUCAGCCGAUUCCAUCAUCCACAACAACGUCUUUUUCUUCAACAUCACAAUCGGCUAACAACUCAUGAAUCAUGCCAACUUUCGCUUUCCAUGGUUAAUCAUAUACUUUCAUCUGUGUAUUCCGUUUUUAAUAAACAGAUCCAAUUGUUUUUUGCAAAAAGUCAUUCAUCAUCGCCUCACUUAUAUGAACAUCUUGUUUUCUUUCAGACAAUCGUCUGGAAUGUUGAAUGUGAAACAGACAUGUAUGAUGAUUCGUCAAUUGUUAAAACAGAGGAAACUGAGGAAGUGACACCUUGCGCAUUGAAUGAAGUGUGGAUGGUCUGUUCGUCUUGUGAAGAAGAAUGUGGAAAACCUCCUCAACCAUGCCCCAGAAUCUGUCAACCAGCACGUUGUCAGUGUCCAGCACACAAAGGAUACAGAAGAAAUAGCAAAGGAGAAUGUGUUUUUUGCCAUGAUUCAGUACCAAAACUUUAG